AUGGGCCGCCGUUCAUCAGAUACUGAAGAAGAAAGCAGAAGCAAAAGAAAAAAGAAACAUCGUAGACGGUCAUCUUCAAGUAGUUCUUCAGAUAGUAGAACAUAUAGUCGAAGAAAAGGUGGAAGGAAAUCAAGGUCAAAGUCAAGAUCUUGGUCCAGAGAUCUUCAGCCUCGCUCACAUUCGUAUGAUAGAAGACGGAGACAUCGAUCAAGCAGUAGCUCUUCUUAUGGCUCCAGAAGAAAACGAAGUCGAAGUCGUUCAAGGGAUUGGGGGAAGUCCUACAGAGUUCAGAGGUCUAGGUCGAAAAGCAGAACAAGAAGGUCCAGGUCAAGACCUCGUCCACGUUCCCAUAGUCGAAGCAGUGAAAGGUCCAGUCACAGAAGAACCCGGAGUCGAUCUCGGGACAGAGAACGACGUAAAGGCAGAGAUAAGGAGAAAAGAGAAAAGGAGAAGGAUAAAGGCAAGGACAAGGAAUUACACAACAUCAAACGUGGGGAAUCUGGAAACAUCAAAGCUGGAUUAGAACAUCUGCCACCAGCUGAACAGGCCAAAGCCAGACUACAGUUGGUUCUUGAAGCUGCUGCAAAAGCUGAUGAAGCAUUGAGAGCCAAAGAAAGAAAUGAAGAAGAAGCAAAGAGAAGAAAGGAGGAAGACCAAACCACCCUGGUAGAACAAGUAAAAAGAGUAAAAGAAAUUGAAGCCAUUGAAAGUGAUUCUUUUGUUCAGCAGACAUUCAGAUCAAGUAAAGAAGUCAAAAAGUCACUGGAAGCCAGUGAAGUGAAGCAUGUCCCUGCAGCAUCAGGACCAGUGUCAGCAGCUGCUGAUGUACCCAGUAAUGAAAAAGAAAUAGACCCGAGCAGCAUCCCUACUGCUAUCAAGUACCAAGAUGACAAUUCCCUGGCUCAUCCGAACUUAUUUAUUGAGAAAGCUGAUGCUGAGGAGAAGUGGUUCAAGAGAUUAAUUGCUCUUCGACAAGAAAGGCUAAUGGGCAGUCCUGUGGCCUAA